AUGCUUGAUUUGCUCGUGUGGUUGCUCUUGCUCACCCAAUCAGUGGUGACAGUACUAGCCUCUACAUCCCCGAAGCCAAUCAGAAAGCCCGGUUAUUGCUCAUUAUACGAUAGCUGUGGAAAGAAGUCCGUAUUCGGGAAGCCAUUACCCUGUUCAAACAACACCAGAGCAGUAGAUCCACUGGAAGAGAGUGUUGAGAUUCUCACCCGUAUAUGUGGCACUGAGUUUCCUAUAGACGAUGGCGUUUGUUGCUCGUACAAUCAGUUGCAGACCUUGGAAGAGAAUCUCAAGAAGGUGGAGCCCUUAAUCAGCUCAUGCCCUGCUUGCAAGAAGAACUUCUAUGAUUUUUUUUGCCGUUUCACAUGCUCCCCGGAUCAGUCAACGUUUGUGGAAGUGACCAAGAUUUCCAAUGCCAUAGAUACUGGAAAGGAAGUUGUUUCGGAACUUACAGUCUAUACCGACCCCGAGUACGCAUCGAAAUUCUUUGAUUCAUGCAAAGAGUUGAAGUUUUCUGCUACUAAUGGAUAUGCCAUGGAUUUAAUUGGAGGAGGAGCCAAGAAUUACAGCCUGUUCUUGAAGUUCUUGGGAGACGAAAAGCCAUUACUUGGUGGUUCCCCGUUCCAAAUUAAUUACAAGUACGAAUUGCCCCAUGACUCCAAGCUGGACUUGAAGCUCACCACCGGUGAUAUGAAAGCAUGUAAUGAUACACUCUAUAAGUGUGCUUGUUCAGAUUGCUCUGUGUCAUGUCCAACUUUACCCAAGUAUAGGGACUUUCGACUGGAAUGCUAUGUCGGUAUCAUGCCAUGUUUCUCUUUUGCUGUGAUGAUGGUAUGGAUCACUUUGUUUCUCAUUAUUGGCGGCUACCAUAUUUAUCUUGCUAGAGUCAGAAGGCUGGAAUUUGAAAGACUUAAUAGCAUUUUGGAAGGUGACUUUAUUGGCGAUGAUAUAGACGAAGAUAAUGGCAUGGAAGAUGAGCAGAAUGUGGUGGAGUGCUUCAUCAGUCCACACAUGGAUGAUCAAUACCGACUCACUGCUGCUUGGUUGAGAUUCAGAGACUGGUUGAUGUCAUCCAUUGAAGUCUCUUUCGCUAGAUUAGCAUUAACUUGUGCUAAAUCACCCUACUGGACGAUCGCUAUCAGUUUAAUUUUGUCACUCUUGUGUUGUACUGGACUUACUAAACUUGAAUGGGAGACAAACCCGAUUAAUUUGUGGGUCAGCCCUAAUGAAAAGGCUUUACACGAACGCCAAUACUUUGAGUCCAACUUCGGAGAGUGGUUCAGAAUUGAGCAGCUUAUCAUCAGCAACAAGGAUAACUCACCAGUGUUGUCGUGGGAAACUGUCCAAUGGUGGUUCGAGAAGGAAUUGGAAUUGCAAGAACUUCAGGACGAAUUCAACAACACCCAGUAUCUCGAUCCACUUUGUUUCAAACCCUUGGAAGAUACUUGCGCAAUUGAGUCAUUCACUCAAUACUUUCAAGGUGAUAUUCGCUAUUUGAAUGAAUACAAUUGGGCUAGUGAGAUUAAUGCGUGCGCUGAGUCUCCAGUGAAUUGUUUACCGUCAUUCCAGCAACCAUUGAAGAAGAAUCUCCUUUUUUCACUGGAAAAUGUCUUGGAGUCAGAGGCAUUUGUAAUCACGCUAUUGAUCAACAGUAACCUGACAAAUGAAGAUUACACAAAUAAGGCAACUGAUUACGAACGUGCUUUACAAAGAUGGGUGAAGAAAUUACAAGAGGAAAAACAGGGCUUGCAGAUUUCUUACAGUACAGAAGUUUCACUUCUGGAGGAGUUGAAUCAAUCUAGCAACACGGAUGUGAAGAUUGUCGUGAUUUCAUAUCUAUUCAUGUUCUUGUAUGCUUCGAUUGCUUUGGGUGGUAAAAUCCCAUCUAGCUUCAGCUUGAAAAGCUUUGUUUUAACUAGAUUCCUGUUGGGCCUCUCCGGUAUCAUCAUUAUUUUGCUUUCAGUAGCUGCUUCAGCUGGAAUUUGUUCUUUCAUUGGAAUUAAAUCAACAUUGAUCAUUGCUGAAGUUAUCCCGUUUUUGGUUCUAGCAAUCGGUGUCGACAACAUCUUUUUAAUUGUCCAUGAAUUACAUGUGAUUGGAGAAAGGUUCCCCGAGGCAGGCGUGGAGUCUAGAAUCUCGUUGGCGUUGGAGAAAAUCGGUCCUUCAUGUUUCAUUAGUGCAAUCUUGCAGGUCCUGAUGUUUUUGGUUGCUUCUUCAGUGCAAAUGCCAGCAGUCAAAAAUUUUGCAUUCUAUUCAGCUGGUGCAGUUGCCAUCAAUUUUAUUCUUCAGAUGACAACGUUCAUUUCUUUGUUGUCUUUAGAUCAAAAACGUUUAGAAGAAGGUCGUCUCGACAUCGCACCGUGGAUUCAGGUCAACAAGAUUCAAGUUGGCGAAGGUGCAGAAACUGUGGAACAUAUUGAGUACAACUUUUCCCAUUUCGUCAGCCGCUACUAUGCACCAUGGUUAUUGACCCCAUCGAAUAGAGGAAAGAUCUUCAGCGUGUUCUUACUCUGGCUAGGUAUUUCCUUGUCACUCUUCCCACGGAUUCAGUUGGGACUCGAUCAAAGAAUGGCAUUACCAUCUGAUUCUUAUCUUGUGCAAUACUUUGAUGCCGUUUAUGAUUAUUUGAGUGUCGGUCCACCAGUUUUCUUUGUUGUGAAAGACUUGGAUGUUACUCACCGUGAAAGCCAACAGACCGUGUGUGGAAAGUUUUCCACAUGCAACGAGUUCUCAAUUGCAAAUAUCCUUGAGCAAGAAUAUAAAAGAGGAGACUUGUCGACUAUUGCAGAGCCGACUUCAAAUUGGUUGGAUGAUUUCUUGACAUGGUUGAAUCCCGAAUUGGACCAAUGUUGUCGUUUUAAAAAGAGUGCAUUGGGCGAGGAGUUCUGCUCACCUUUUGCACCUCCAAGACAAUGCCAAUCUUGCUACGCAGACCACUCUCCACCUUAUAAUAUUUCGAUGGAGGGACUUCCGGAAGGUGAGGAAUUCAUGAUGUACUUCAGGCAAUGGAUUACUGAGCCCAGUGAUCCAUGUCCUCUUGGAGGGAAAGCACCAUAUUCUUCCUCGAUCAACUACAAUGCUUCCUCCAUUAAGAGCAGCUACUUCCGCACAAGCCACCAACCAUUAAGAUCACAGCUGGAUUUCAUUGUUGCCUAUAAGAAUGCAUUAAGAGUAGUCAGUGAAAUGAAGGACUUCGCAGACAACAAAUUGGAUGCGUUCGCCUUCUCGCCUUUCUACAUCUUCUUUGUUCAAUACAUUGAUAUUAUAACUUUGACGUUCACAACGUUAACGGUGGCAUCUGUCAUCAUAUGGUCGGUUAGUGCCGUGCUUCUCGGUCUGCCUCGCAUGUCUACUAUCCUCACGUUGACAGUUCUUGCAAUUCUUGUCAACAUUGGUGGAGUAAUGGCAGUCUGGGGUAUUUCUCUCAAUGCAGUGAGUUUGGUGAAUCUCAUUAUCUGUCUCGGGCUUGCAGUGGAGUUUACUGUGCAUAUCACCAGAGCAUACUUAACUGCAAGCGAAGAAGAAAACGAAGAAGAUCUUUACAAUAGUUUCAUGAACAUGCAAGACGGACCCAAAUAUCUUUUGGACAACCGUAAAUGCCUCCUUGCAUUCAAGGCAUUGACCCGUGUUGGAGGAUCUGUACUUGGAGGCAUUACCCUUACCAAGUUUAUUGGCAUUGCUGUGCUUGCCUUUACACGGUCGCAGAUCUUUGAGGUAUACUAUUUCCGCAUGUGGCUCUCAUUGGUAGUGAUUGCAUCUACCCAUGCACUUAUACUUAUGCCGGUUCUCUUAAGCAUGUUUGGUGAGGAUAAUUAG